UUGCACCCCCAAAGAAAUGACGCCGGGCCUUGACGCGGUGCCGAGGCUUUGGGCCACGAGAACUCCGCAGCGGGGCACCGCCGCGAGCGCGACGGAGACCAGGACGACCUCACCCCUCGAGGAGGUUCCGCGCCGUGCCCGGUGUGGGGAGGUGGAGCGGCCUGCGUGCAGACCGGCCGACAAAACCGCACGACCGCUUCAUGACAGCCACCCGAGCGUGUUGAAUAGACACGGAAUCGAGUGUGUCUCAGCCUUGUUCCCCCCGCCCUGCGCCACACCCCCGGGCCCUGCCGAGAACACGUCUUUGGACGAGAUGCCGCCAGGUGUCCGGAACGCCUUGGUUGCGGCGUCGCUGCGCUGCGCUGCGGGGUGCGCCCGCUUCUGUUUUUAA